AUGGUGGAGCAGAAGUCGGACACGUCUGAUAUGCAACGUUUCGAUGAAAUGUGGCUCCAUCUGACUCCAAGAGGUGCCACAGUUCCAUAUAAUCUGUGCUACGACUCGGAAGGAAAUGUCUGGGUUGCCACGAAAGGAGGAUUGUUCAAAUUUGACGGCAGUAAACGAACAACUAUCUGGGAGCGAAAGAAUUUGUUUCCGAAGAAAAUGGCACCCUUUCCACAGGUCGCGUUUCAUAAUGGCACGAUUGUGUACACCUGCGCUGAAGAUAAAGAUCGAACGACAGAACUUCGAUUUUUCACGAUGUCUGGAGAAAUGACACAUGAGCAAUUCAUUGAUGGACUAUUAGUCUCCUUAACGAUAGCUGACAAUGGUGAUAUGUAUAUCAGCAAACAACCCACAGGACCUAGUUCAUUCAUCUAUAGGGCUUCCAUGGAUUGUCCACUUGCAUGGGAAGAAGUGGUCGAGUCCUCAGCCGACGCUUUCUACACUUUGUGCGCUCUCGACGACAGUACAGUCGUGGCUGCGAUGUCCACUCAUCCCGUUAACAUGUUUUCAAAGCAGCGAAUGGUUCUUGUGGAUACAGCUGAGGGGAAAAUCCGCUCAUCUUUCAGCAAAGAAGGAAAAGAAGGAAGCGAUAUUUUCUUCCCAAGGGCUAUUCGCAAAUAUGGAGAAGACAUGGUUGUCAUGGACAAGUCCGGUCGGUUCAUGUGCUUUUCCGUAAAGGGAGAGUACAAAGGGUUGCUUGCUGAGAUCGAUGCAUAUCUUGCAAAUGGAUUCUGUAUCAAAGACAACGCCGCUCUCAUAGCGUUCAGUGGAGUAGUCCUAGAUCAGGAUAAUAGGACAAUCUGUGAUGAUUGGUUGGAAUGGAUCAAUCUUGAUGGUUCGUCGUGGCGGAAACAAAGGGAGCAGCAAAAGGUGGCUGGCGAAAUCCUGACUUUUAUCCGUUGUACCUGUGAUAUGCUCAAGGCCAGAUUCACUUUAAAAAACAUUCCUGACCCAUUUUCUAGUCGGAUGCUUUUCAUGAUGUACAAAGAAUAG